CGCCGUGGCCGCGCGACCCGCGGGCGAAGCGGGUCGCGGAGGGCUCCGAGACUCCUGCCGGGGCGACCACUGCCGCCGAGAGCGCGGGCGCCAGGCGCGACGAUCCAUCUUCGCGCGAGGGCUGCGCGAAGAAGUUCAAACCCGAGCGCGCGCCGGCGGGCCCGCCGGCUGCCCCGGCGUCGACCUCGGCCGCCCCGCCCGCCCAGCCUGCCAGCGUGGGCCCCCGCGUCAAGGGCGCCCGCUCGCACUUGAGGAAGGCGAUCUCGGCGCGGGAUCGCUGCCGUCGCGACGCGGGGGCGGCGCUCUCCCGCGGCCAGUGCAGCGGGAAUGCGGCAGGGGGCAAAAUCGAGAAGGACGCAGAUAUGCUCGAGGUCUAUUGCGAGAGCUUCGAUGCGAAGGUUCGGGCCACGGGGCGCUCUCACUUGGCAACUAGCGCGCUCGCCGGGGCCCAGAUUGAGGAGGCGGCCGCGCUCUGCCAGGGCGUCGAGGGCAAUGUCCAGGAGGCCGCCAAGAAGGGCGCCUCGCCUAA